AUGGUCAAAGACCCAUUCAAACCCGCAGCUCGCGUAGCGGGGCAGCGUCAAGAUGUCUGGAGUAUUGUGAACGAAGCAGCUCAGGCUUCAUCCGUACAGCCAAUGGUGAACAUGGGCCAAGGCUUCUUCGGAUACAACCCUCCUCAAUUCGCCAUUGACGCCGCAAAAGACGCGUUGGACAAGGUCGAAUGCAAUCAGUACUCCCCCACCAAAGGACGACCACGGCUAAAGAAAGCAAUCGCCGAUGCCUACUCGCCCUUUUACAAACGUACCCUCGAUCCGGAGACUGAAGUCACCAUCACUACAGGUGCCAAUGAGGGCAUGCUGUCAGCGUUCAUGGGCUUUCUAGAGGCGGGCGACGAAGUCAUUGUAUUCGAGCCGUACUUUGAUCAAUACAUCUCCAACAUCGAGAUGCCGGGCGGCAAGGUCGUAUACGUGCCUCUWCAGCCACCCAAAGAUGGAGCAAGCAAGACCACCAGUGCGAGCGAGUGGUCAUUGGAUAUGGGAGUGUUGGAGAAGGCUGUCACCGAGAAAACGAGAAUGAUUGUCAUAAACACACCCCACAACCCAAUUGGCAAGGUCUUCAGUCGCGAAGAAUUGCAGGCUAUUGGUGAUCUUUGUGUCAAGCACAACAUCAUCAUCCUCUCCGAUGAGGUGUACGACGCCCUCUACUACGUACCCUUCACCCGCAUGGCAACACUGUCUCCAGAGAUUGCCAGACUCACUCUUACUGUUGGCUCAGCAGGCAAGCUAUUCUACGCCACUGGAUGGAGAGUCGGAUAUUUGAUUGGCCCAGAGCAUCUGAUCAAGUAUGUCAGCGCAGCGCAUACACGUAUAUGCUUCUCCAGUGUUUCCCCACUUCAAGAGGCGACUGCUGUUGCCUUUGAGCAAGCCAAUGCACACAACUUCUGGGAAGAGAGCAAGACGGAGAUGAGGGCGAAGAUGACAUCGUUCAACAAGAUUUGGGAUGAGCUCGGACUGCCGUACUCUGAUCCCGAAGGCGGCUACUUUGUCUUGGUGAACCUUGACAAAGUGAAGCUGCCUGAAGAUUAUGACUUUCCCCCACACGUCGCGAGCCGACCUCGAGACUUCAAGCUGUCGUGGUUCUUGAUUUGCGAGCUCGGAGUGGCUGCGAUUCCCCCAACGGAGUUCUUCACAGAUGCCAACGCACAUCUCGCGGAGGAUUGGCUACGGUUUGCUGUUUGCAAGAACGACGAUGUUCUGGAGCUGGCCAAGGAGCGUCUCCGUCGAUUGAAGAAGUAUAUCCAGUAG